AUGAAGGAGAAGGAAUACAAAGAUGCGCUCGAGGCAUUCAAUGAGAAAAACAAGGAGAAAUCUCAACUAGUCAACAAAUUGAUGGAGUUUUGUGAGCCUAAUUUUGUUACAAUUGAUACCAGCUUGGUUUUGUGUGGAUGUGGUUGUGUUCAGGUUUAUUCUCGGCUAGUUUUUGUGCAUAUUUUUGUGCAUCUAUUGUUAAUGCUAUGCCAUGCUAGAAAAGAAGUUGCAACCGUACGCAAGAGAAUUGAUGUGGUUAAUCGUGAAUUAAAGCCUCUCGGACAAAGUUCCCGCAAGAAGGAGAAGGAAUACAAAGAUGCGCUCGAGGCAUUCAAUGAGAAAAACAAGGAGAAAUCUCAACUAGUCAACAAAUUAAUAGAGGUGCCAGACAUGGGUUUGUGA